AUGCAAGACGCCAUGUGUUAUGCACCAACAUUAACAAGAGACUUAGACUUACCAAUGCUAGAUGAAACAUUUGAGUUAUCCGAACAUUACCACACUAGUCCACCACCAGCAGGUAUACAUCGAAGAUCAUACAUAUUGGCCACUAGACAAGACAGUAGUAAAGAUGAAAUUGACGAUCAAGAUGAAACUUGUUUCUUGAAACAAAAAAAUAAGGAUAUAGUAAUUGAUGAAAAGUCCAAAAAGAAACCUUGGAUAACACUUGUAUCUUAUGUGGACGACUUAACCGUGGGUGGAAGGAGAGACUCCCAAGGAAAUUUCGUUGAUGCGGCUCCCAGUUUUCCAGGGUUUGGAAGAAAUAAACAAUCAAAGGCACCACUAGAAUGUUUUCCUAUUAAUUGCUAUCAAAGGAUUGGAAUAAAAAAAGAAUGGGUUGAUUCUUGUUUUGGCGACCGAUGGAUGACUUUCCGACAGAGAACUCUCGUGGUAGUCGAUACUCCGAUAUUUGAAUGGUUUAUACUAGUGUUGAUUUUUGCGUCGAGUGUAACUUUAUGCUUCGAAGAUAUUUACCUAGACGAUAAUAAAACGCUCAAAACUGCAUUAUAUUGGACUAAUUUUACGUUUUGCGUUAUUUUCACAAUUGAACUUAUGCUAAAAUGGAUAGCAUUAGGGGUUUAUAAAUACUUUAAAAGUUUUUGGACAGCUUUAGACUUCAUUAUUGCAAUGAUGUCAAUUUUUAGUUUACUAAUUGAUGAAAAUGAGAAUUUAAAAGUUCUACGGUCGUUAAGAACUCUCCGAGCUUUGCGACCACUCAGGGCAAUAUCAAGAUGGCAAGGGAUGCGAAUAGUUGUGAAUGCUCUGAUGUAUGCAAUUCCAUCAAUUUUUAACGUUCUGCUGGUUUGUCUUGUGUUUUGGUUGAUAUUCUCAAUCAUGGGUGUGCAGUUUUUUGGUGGAAAAUUUUUUAAGUGUGUUGACGACAACGGAGACCGUUUAUCCGUAAACAUUGUCAAUAACCGCAGUGACUGCAUGCUCCAUAACUAUACUUGGUUAAACUCAAAAAUAUCAUUUGAUAACGUGGGCAUAGCUUAUUUGGCUUUAUUUCAAGUUGCUACAUUCGAAGGUUGGAUGGAAGUAAUGGCAGAUGCUGUAGACGCUCGUGGUGUAGACUUACAACCUGAAUAUGAGGCAAACUUGUAUGCUUACAUAUAUUUUGUGAUAUUUAUUGUAUGUGGAGCAUUUUUCACUCUAAACCUUUUCAUCGGUGUUAUAAUUGAUAACUUUAACAUGCUUAAAAAAAAGUACGAAGGCGGAGUAUUAGAAAUGUUCUUGACUGAAAGUCAAAAGCAUUAUUACACGGCCAUGAAAAAACUAGGCCGGAAAAAGCCACAAAAAGUAAUCAAGCGCCCAGUCAAUCAAUUUAUGGCAAUAUUUUACGACUUAUCAAAUUCCCGAAGGUUUGAGAUUGCAAUUUUCGUAUUGAUUUUUUUAAACAUGCUGACAAUGGGUAUUGAACAUUACAAUCAGCCUGAUCCGGUGUUUUUCAUAUUAGAAGUCUGUAACGCUUUUUUUACUACUGUUUUUGGAUUAGAGGCUUUAGUGAAAAUUAUUGGUCUUCGAUUUCAUUAUUUUACUGUUCCUUGGAAUGUUUUUGAUUUUUUGCUUGUCUUAGCAUCCGUUCUUGGUAUACUUAUGGAAGAUAUUAUGAUCGAUUUUCCAGUAUCACCGACACUUUUGAGAGUAGUUCGCGUGUUCAGGAUUGGUAGAAUAUUACGAUUGAUUAAGGCCGCCAAAGGUAUACGGAAACUGUUGUUUGCCUUAAUCGUGUCUUUACCAGCACUUUUCAAUAUUGGCGCACUACUCGGUCUGAUUACUUUUAUAUACGCCAUAAUCGGUAUGUCUGUUUUCGGGCAUGUCAAAAAACAAAAAGCCAUUAAUGACAUGGUAAACUUUGAGACAUUUGGUAGGAGCAUGCAACUGCUGUUCCGGCUAAUGACAUCAGCCGGAUGGAACGACGUACUUGAAUCACUUAUGGUACAACCACCGGAUUGUGAACUUGAAUCUCCAGGACUUCCGAACGGUAAUUGUGGACAUCCUAUUCUCGCGAUUACGUACUUUACGAGUUUCAUCAUAAUAAGCUACAUGAUCGUAAUAAACAUGUACAUAGCUAUUAUAUUAGAAAACUUUAACCAAGCUCAUCAAGAAGAAGAAAUCGGCAUAGUAGAAGAUGAUCUCGAAAUGUUUUACAUCCGAUGGUCUAAGUACGAUCCACAUGCAACGCAGUUCAUAGCAUUCAAUCAAAUAUCAGAUUUCAUUGCAAGCUUGGACCCACCAUUAGGCAUACCUAAACCAAAUAUCGUGGCUUUAGUCAGCUUCAAUUUGCCGAUUGCGAGAGGCAACAAGAUACAUUGCUUGGAUAUACUCCAUGCACUCGUCAAACACGUGCUUGGUCAUGUCGACGAAACGGACGAAUUCAAAAAACUACGAGAUCAAAUGGAUGUGAAGUUUAAAAAACAAUUCCCAACACGUAAGGAACUGGAAAUCGUGUCAUCUACUCGUCUGUGGAAACGUCAAGAUAAAGCCGCGAGACUAAUACAAAGAAGUUACCGAAACUUCCGAAGACGGAAAAAAGACAUAAAUGAUUUAUGUUCGGAUACGCAGUCUUCAAGCCCCGGAGGUUGGCAGUCACGUCUUUCGUCGUUCCUACAUGUUAAAGGCAUGUCAAUCAGUGGUAUUGGAGGAGGUAUCGGUAGUAGUUCUAGAGCUUCGUCCAGAAAAUCUUCAAGAGCCUCCGACACGUCUGACAUAUCUGAACUAGGAGCGUCGCUCUGGCUUAACCUACCAUUGUUUUUAUUAUCUAACGCUCAGUUAGAUACGACGGGUAAAAACGAAGAACAGUCACCCAAGAAAAAAUCACACGUGGAAGGAGGUGGCGGCCCGGUGCACAUCACGAUCAGCGAACCGUCGCCCGAAUCCAAACCGAACGCGGUGCUGCCGCUGUCGCUGGACGAGGGCGGCGACGUUGCGGCCGGAAGCGCGGACCGGAAGCAACAGCAACACCAGCUACUUCAGCAGCAGCAGCAACAGGCGGCGUCCAACGUGAGCAUCACCAUAACGGACGCGUCGCCGGAAAGCGCGUGCGGCGCGAGACCGUUGCCGGCGGCCAAUGUGCAACAGCAGGCCGUCGGCCCGACGGCGCACAACAAACGAUUGGCGUUCCGGCGAGCGAGCGAAGCGAAAAUCGUACAGCACAAGGCACUGGUUCACCGGACAUCCGAAGGGCCACACAGCUGA